AUGGAGAUGAAGCAGAAGGAUGUGGAGGUUUGCAGCCAGGACAGCACUGCGAGCGGAUGCAGCAGCAAAGAGAGCCUCAGUGUGGGCUCGUCGAUCUCCAGCAGCAAGUUUCGACGUGGCGGAAUUUUGCCAACCGCCAUCUGCCUCAGCAAGGCGGCCAUCGGCGCCGGCGUGCUGUCGGUGGCGGCGCAUGGGGCGGAAGUGGGCGCCGUGUAUCAAAUGGUUUGCCUCAUCCUGGGCGGGCUGCUCACUUUGGCUAGCAUCCGCAUGAUCGCGAAUGCCAGUGUGGAGACUGGCUGCUGGAGCUAUGAGGACAUCUGUGAGGAGCUCUUUCACCCAGCCAUGUCGCUGUUCACAGGCUUCAUCAACGUGUGCAACUGCCUGGGCUCCGCUGCUGGUUAUCUCAUCGUGUGUGGCCAAGUGUUCCAGGUGAUCUUCCAAGCGGAUGAAAAGGCUCGGAACCUCUUCGUGGUGCUGGUGGGCGUAUUCGUGUGCGGCCCUUUGGCUUUGGCCAGGCACGUGGGCUUCAUGCGACAUCUGGCGGCCAUCAGCGUGGGGGCUCUGCUGCUGUUGGUGGGUUCGGUGGCGUGGUACUGGGGUGAGCACGGCAUCGACGAGUCCGUGGACGUGGACAGCUUCCUGCUGCCCGGCUCGGGCGCGACGGUAUUCACCUACAUGAACUCCAUCAAUAACAUGGUCUUCGCAUACAACAACCAGUUCAACGUCCCGCAGCUGACUGGGGAGCUGACGCCUGCCCCCUCUGUGCACAAGAUGACCAAGGUCGCCCUGUUGAGCACAAGCCUCUGCUUUCUGCUCUAUGGAAGCGUGUCCAUCUUCGGAGUGCUGGCAUUCGGCGUCGGCGACAACCAGAAAGACACGCUGAUUCUGGAUCUGAUGCCGGCGCGCAAGGAGUGGCACGUGGUGGUGUCUCUCUUUGCAGUGAUGUUCAGCGUCCUCACGUGCUUCCAGUUCCACGUGUACCCCAUCCGGCAAUUCUCUGCCUAUGCGGUGCGCAAGCUCCGGGGGCUUCCGGCCAAAGCCGCGGACGAGGAGGAGGAGGUUGCGGGCGACGCGUGCUGCGGCCGGUCGCUGGCCCGGUGGCUGGAUAUCGCCUGCGCUCUGGGCUCCGUGGCGAUUGCCAUCUUGAUCGCAGUGGUCGUCACCUCCCUGCGCACCAUCCUGAACUUUAUCGGCGCCUUCGCCUCUGCAUACGUCUCCUACGUGGUGCCACCGCUGUGGAUCCUGGCCCUCCGCAGGAAGGGCAAGGACUUCUCUUGGCUGGCGCCAGAGAUUCUCUUCAGCGUGGCAUUGCUGUUGCUUGGCGCCUUCUUCUUCGUGUUCGGCACCUACUGUGCCAUAAAGGGGGCUUAG